AUGUAUGAUAUAAUGUGUAAAUAUUCAUUAAAAUAUUUCACUCUACUUAUCUACUUUUCUGUAUUUCUAAAUAUUCAUUUAACAAAAUCUAUUCAAAUAAAUGAACCAAAUGUAUUCUAUGUUAAUGAUGAUACAAAUGAAGGUCAUUUAAAAGCAGUCAUUGUUCGAGCGAAUCGACCACCGGCAGCCUAUUUCAAACUGAAUGAGAAUACUGGAGAUUUGUAUACACGAACUGUUAUCGAUCGUGAAUCACUGUGCCUGAAAACAUUUCAGAAUGAUGAACGUCCUAAUUCUAUGCCAAGAAAUUUAAACAUUGAUUUUUCUGAUUCAAAUUAUCAGUCAGGAGCAUUUUUAUCAAAUUCAAAAAUUGUCAAUCAGUGUAAAUUUACCUUUCAAGUAGCUCUGCAUCGUCAAAUAUCUCAACAACAACAACAACAGCAACCACAACAGUAUCAGUCAAAUGAUCCUGGACUUCAUCAUUUACCAGAGUUUAUUGAUAUCCACGUCUUUGUAAUUGACCGUAACGAUCAUAUUCCUACAUUUCAACCACAUUCCGUUAUUAACUUGUCAAUUCCAGAAUCUGUACCCAUAGGUACACGUGUCCAGCUCCCAUUAGCCUAUGAUCCAGACUCACCAGAGUUCAGUGUACAAAGGUAUGAGUUAUAUCCUUUGGAAUCAACAGAUUUCAGCUUAUACAUUCAAACGACAGAUGUGAUACAUGAUGCAAAUUUGAUACAAGAGAUAACUGGAUUGUAUUUAGAAUUGAAGACAACUCUUGACAGGGAAACAAGAGAAAGUUAUGCGCUUGAAGUAAAAGCAUUCGAUUCACCAUUGUCGACAUCAUCAUCGUCACCAUCAACAUCCGCUUCAUCCCCUUCAUCGCCUACAAUGAAUGCAUUCAUACCUCGUCUAAAUGACAAUCGUAAUGUACUAAAAAUAUUUCUAACUAUUGAAGACAUCAAUGAUAAUGGUCCAAUUUUUCAACCACAAAAUACUUCAACACAGAUUGACUCACAUAAUGAUGCAAUCAUCAGAACUAAUCCAUCAUCUUCGUCAUUAUCCUCAUCGUCAACACCAAUGCACCCAAUAGGUAUAAUAACUUACAAAGUUGAUAUAAUUGAAUCAACUUGGCCAAAAUCAUCAGUUUUACAGCUGAUAACAAAAGAUUUAGACAGUUCCAAGUAUUCUUUAACUAGAUAUGAAUUUUCAUCAAAUGUUGAAAGCAUUGUUAAACAAUUGUUUAAAUUAAAUGAACAUUCCGGUGAAUUAUUCCUUAAACAACCAUUAGACUAUGAAAAACGUACUAGUUAUUCAUUUGAUGUAUUAGCUAUAGAUAGUGAAUAUGAUCGUCGUAGUAAAAUGGAAAGCAGCGGCAGUAAUCUACAUUUAGUUAGUUCAAGGUUACAACAGAAUAUAUUUACGUCGACAGCUAAUAUUCUCGUGAAUGUUAUAGAUAUUAAUGAUGAAGUACCAAUUAUUGAGGUCGAUUAUCUUCGCGUUGAUGAAACAACUGGUAGACCAGCAACAUUUGCACGUAUAGAAGAGAAUAGUGAUCCACCACAGUUUAUAGCAGAUAUUUUAGUUACAGAUAGAGAUGUGAACGCAGCUAAUAGUCAUGUGAUAUGUACGCUAAUGAAUAAAGCGAAUAAGUAUCAGAGUAACCAUCAUCACAAUAAUAAUAAUAAUCAUAAUAGUGACAAUAAAACUUAUUCAAUUACAAAUUCAUUUCAACUUUCUGAAGUUAGACGUCAACCUGGCUUAGUUCAGUAUAAUGUGUUAACAGUACGUAGCUUAGACAGAGAGGUGAAUGGCGCGAUAACACGGAUUAAAAUUCAGUGUUCAGACUCUGAUUUAAAUGAUAACUCACCGGUAAUUCAUUUGAUCCCACAACAAACAAGUGGAUCUAAUAAUAAUAAUGGAGAGAAUAUUGUAUUUCUUAGGGAAAAUGCACCGAUCGGUACAACUGUUGCCCACUUUAAUGUAACUGAUCAAGACUCUGGUGAGAACAGCAGGACUAGUUGUACACUGUUAACUAUGAAUGAUCCCGUCCUAUUAAAUUUAAAUGAUUAUUUUCAUGUAGAUCCAGUAUUGUGUAAUUUAAUGACACGUAAACCAAUUGAUCGUGAAUCAACCUAUCCGCCAAUAGAUGAAAUUGACUUAAGCAUUGAAGUUAAAGAUCAUGGUCAACCGGUACGUAAAUCAUCGAUCAGCUUUAAAGUGAAAGUUAUCAAUGAGAAUGACAAUGUUCCAGUAUUUCAGAAUACUUUUUAUCGUUUCUCUGUUAAAGAGAAUUCACCUAUUGGUAUAAGUAUUGGUCAGAUAGUUAUUACUGAUUUAGACGGUGAUUAUGCACGAUUAGAUGUCCGAUUACAAAAACAAGAACAAUUGCCAUUUAAACUAUGGAAAUCAGAAACCUCUUAUGGGUAUAUUUCAAUCGAUCAUUCUGAAGCUCAAGUUGUAGUCUAUUAUCUUAAUACCACGCGAAUAUUGGAUCGUGAAGAGAAGUCGAGUUAUGAAUUUGAAAUUUAUGCAAAUGAUGUAAGCGAAGAAGGACUGUUGGGUCAACAUAGACUAUCAGUGAAAAGUUUCAGUCAUACAACAAGUGCAACAAUUUUAGUGACAGUCGAAGAUGAAAAUGAUAACGAUCCUGUGAUUAUAUUUCCUCAACAACCAAAUAAAACAUUUAUUCUUUCUAAUUCUGAAAAGAAAUAUUAUCAGUUGAUGACUGUGAAUGCAAAUGACAAAGAUCCUUCGUCGAAUUCAUUCACAUUUAUGCUAGAAACUGAAGAAGACCUUAAAUCAAAUGAUAAUUCUAAAAGUAUUGAAACCGACGAUACUGAUACAAAACUUUUGAAGUCAACAGAGUUAAACACCAACCGUAAAUAUCCACUAUCCAAUUCUUUUUUAGAGAUUGAUCGAAGUGUAGGCACAGUUUACUUGAGCAGAGAUAUUCAUCAAAAUGACACAGGAACCCAUGCAUUCCGUGUGAUUGUACAUGAUAGUAUAAUCAAUCCACGUACAGCUUCACUUAGGUUUAUUGUUAAAAUUGAACCAGUUCCACCACGGUCACAUCAAAUGAAAUUAAACAGUUUAGUCGAUAAUGAUCAUGCUGAACGUCGAAUACUUUCAGGUGAAAGUUCUUUAAACCCCGAGUACAGUGAACAUAACUAUGCCUUCAACAAUCAUUAUUCCAAGUCGUCCAGUAGUCAAGACUUUUUGAUUCACAGAAAGUAUGACUAUAUGCGGACAACUUUUGAUAAUCAUUCCAUGCCUUUCGGAUCAUCUUCACCAGGAGUUUCAUCAUCAUCGAAACAGUUGACACGUCGUCUAACAGGUGAUACGGUACUAAUCCUUUCGUUAGGUUUAAUUUUGUUAAUCCUUUUAGCAACUUUGUGUUUAGUGAUUUUCGCGCGUCAUUGGUCAUCAGGUUCAUCAAGUGUCCCACAGAAUUCCAACACUUCAGAUAAAAUUAGAUGUUCAGAAAUAUUUUGUUGUAAUCCUACCAGUAGUAAUAGUAAUGGUAACAAACAUCAGAUGACAAAUAAUGAAACCUUGAAAAAAGAAGUAGUCAACAUUUUUCAUUCAACGUCUCCAACAAAUUUACAAGAUCCACAACAGAUAAAUUUAAACUGUGAUACAUUACGAUCUUUGGAUACAUUUAAUGCUAGUCUAAAUGAUUCAUAUAGUCAAAAAAUGUUAGACAGUGAACAUAUUUAUUAUCGUGAUUGUAGACAAUUUUCUCUUCUACCUGUGAUAACAAGUCCAGUUGGCGGAGACAAUGGAUCAUUCCCUACGGAUUAUACAGCCUUAAGAGCUGUAACAUCCUGUAAGUGUUGUACACCACCUCCAACAGGAUAUACUUAUAAUAAUACAGACAUUGGAAAUCCACAUUCACUAGAAUCUUUUACAAAUGAAUCUUUAAAAAGUAGUAAGCAACAGACAAAUCAUAUCCCUAAUGGUUCUACUGUCACAUAUUAUACAACUUUAACGCCAAGACCGAGAUCUGAAAAUACAACGGAUAAACGUAAAGUUCGUAUUAUGACAGUCAAAGAGAAUAUGGAGAUGGAACCUGAAAAAAACUUCGCCAAUGAUUAUUCAUGCAAUAACCUCAUGCGAUUUUGCAAAAAUUUCAAAUGGUCCAACUUUUCAGCUGAACCGUCAGAAAAGUAA